AUGCCGGUCGAGGAGGUGUCGGGAGAUCUUCUCUCCUGUGAGGAGCAGUACAUUGUGCAGCAGUCCAACUGCGUCACGGACUAUGCAGCGGGUCUAGCAGCUGCAAUUGCGGAGAAGUUUCCGCACGCGGACGUCUACAAGGCUUCUGCCAGGCAGGACCGCGGUACGGACAAGAGCGGCGACGUCCCCGGCACGAUUGCCGUUCUUGGCGGACCCUGUGCUGCGACAGGCCAAGAGCAGAGAGGCGUGAUAAACCUUUUCGGCCAGUGGGCCCCUGGAAAACCUCGCACCGGGCCCGCGACAGCGGAAUACAAAGGUAGGAAGGCUGCGCCGGGUGUGAUUGAUGAUGAGAAGCAGCGCAUGGAAUGGUUUCGAAAGGGUCUUCUCGACAUUGCAGAGAUCCCGGGCCUUGAGAGCAUCGCCUUCCCUCACCAGAUCGGCUGCGGCCUGGCUGGGGGUAACUGGGCUGACUACAGCAAGGCCCUGGACGAGUUUUCAGAAAUGAUGGCAGAGAAGAAUGUCAAGGUCAAAGUAUACAAAAUGGUGGAAGCAGGCAAGGGAGAUGGACGAAAAUGA